UCAUAAAGUAACACUUGCGGUAUCUGUCCACGUCAGUCUAUGACUUCUGUAACAUAACCUCGAAAUUCGUAAUACAGUCCGGUAUACAGUCUUGCCAAUGAACAAGAUAUUUGCGUUCAUGUCAAUUUUUGUAUACAUUGAAUAACAUAAGAACAUUACAAUAUGAAUUGGACUUUGUGGCUUUUUAUAAUCGGAUCUUUAGCUUGUAAAUAUACACAUGCUCAACAACAAAGAGUUCCACCAGGUGUAUCACCUCAACAUUAUCAACAACCUGUUCAACAAGUACAUCAAGUACCACAACAAAUUCCUCAACAACAGUUCCAGCAAGUACCUGUACAAGUUCCAGUUCAACAAGUACCUAUACAGCAACAUAUGCCAACUCAUCAAGUACCGGUUCAACAAGGACAUGGGCAUGGGCAUGGGCAUGAUCAUUCACAACAAAUACUUAAUGCUGCCAACAUAGUUAAUGAAAAAGCUCAUAUCGCAGAGCACAUGGAAGUUCCAAUAGAUACUAGUAAAAUGUCAGAGCAAGAAUUGCAAUUUCAUUAUUUCAAAAUGCACGAUGCAGACAAUAAUAACAAGUUAGAUGGUUGUGAGCUUAUAAAGUCCUUAAUUCAUUGGCAUGAACAAGAGAAUAAAGAGGUAGCUGGAGUCAACACUGGACAGAAAUUAUUUAAGGAUGAGGAAUUGGUAACUUUAAUAGAUCCAAUACUUUCUUUAGAUGACAGUAAUAAUGACGGGUAUAUCGAUUACCCUGAAUUUAUACGAGCACAGCAAUAUGCAGCAGCUACUGGCAGACAAUAGUUGCAUACAAUACAAUGUUCAAUGUUAUUAAAUGGUAUUUUUAUUUCAUUUUGAAUAUACGUACAGUCCCAUUUAUAAAUAUCAUCAUAAUUUUCACUUGUUGUCAUUGCAAUAAUGGUACAGACCACUACUUUGCAUAUAAUUGAAAUUAUUUCUAUUCCGUUAAUAUUUUUUUGAACAAAAAAUAAUUAAAAUAAUUUUUUUGAAUAAAUAUAUACGGAUUUUUUAUUAUAACGAAAAUAUAAAUUUGUUUCAAUUAUAUAAUAUUCAUAUUUGAACAAAUAAUACCGUCUCUUUUUAUAUACAAAGUGAUUGGAGUAUCAGAAAUACAACUGAUGAAAUAUAUAUUGGAGAAAAACAUUAUGUAUAAUUUAAUCAAAUACAAUUCUAUUUGCUGUAACAGAAUUUAGUAUAUGCCCUUGUUACACAUUAGAAAUUGAUUUUUUAAUAAAAUGUAAUUAUUUUUUUUACAUGAAAAUUAUAUUAGAGAUUAAUUCUAAUCCAUAAAAUUCUAAUGUAAAAAGAUAUAAGAACAAUUUUCUUUAAUAUAGAUUCUUUUUCAAAUUUCUAGCUAUCUUAUAGUUAUUUAAGUAGCAGAAGUAUUGAUAAUUUAAAUGCUUCCAUUAUUUUGUUCAUAUUUUAUAUAAAUUGUUGGGUUUGGUUAAACUAAUAAUGUUGUAGUAUUUAUACAAAUAAAAUUACUAAGUAUGAAAAAUUCUACACAUAUAACACAAUUGUAAUGAUAUAGCAAUUUUUAUAUAUUUCCACUGUAUCCAACAGCACAAAUUAAUCGAAUUUAUGUAUAUACUACAUGUAUUCUUUAUUUAGAAACAUUCAUGUGAAAUAAGAACAAUCCUUUUUAGAGAUAUGUAAGUACUUUGAAGAAAUACUUUGGUACCUAGCUUCUUUUUUGAUACAAUUGAGGUAUAAAAACGACAUAGUAACAAUUUUUUUAGAAUAGCUAGUUACUAUAAUCUUGAAAACAGUGAUUCUAUUAUUAAGAAUCGUAUAUACCUUUGUAUUGUAUGAUUGUAAAAGUUAUAUAUAAAUAUAAUUUUGUUAUAA